AUGAAAAAGGUUGUAAUGGUGAGGUGUUACAUGUUUUGUUUAUUAACUCUUGCACUGUGUUGUGCUUGUGGGUUAGUAUGGUCUGAUAGUCCUAAAGUUUAUGAUGCUCUAAUUAAAACUUCUACUGUUGGUGUUCCUUCUCUUGUUCGUCGUGCCGUUCCUGCGUUUAUUAUGUGUGAUGGUGAAGAUAAGGAUGAUGAUGAGUGUCACUGUGAGAAGGAAGAAGAAGUGAUGCAAGAACCUAAAAAUGAGAAGGAUGGUUCUCUCCGUGAUAGUACUAGUGAGUUGGGUUCUUCAAGUGGCCAUUCUUCCCAUGCUGCUGAAGGCCCAGAUGGUGGUCUCGGUUCUAAGCAGCAGGAGUCAAAAACUCCCGAACAGUUAAAAGAAAGAACCCAAGUGGAUCAACCCGAGAAACAAAUACAUGAGAAACAGGAAACACCGGGGAAAGUAGAUAUUUCCACACCAUCUCAUACUUCAGGGAUAAAUGGUCAGGGUAAUCCCAGACACCUUGAGGCAUCCCCUCCUGCACAGUCAGGUAAAGGAUCAGUGGGAAGAGAUGGAAAUACUGAAGAGACCCCAACAGUGUCUGAAGAACCAUCACCAGAAAAUAAACAUGCUGCUCAACAAAGAACUCCAUCGGGUGGACAACCACAUGAUGGCACAAACACUCACGUUACCCAAAAUGAAGAGACCCCAAUCACAAGAGUAUCAGGUACUACUGACGGUGAACAGAUUUCUGCCAAUGCGCCUCAGAAUUCACCUGAGACUUCUUCGACCAAUUCAGCCACACCGAAUGCUAACGAAUCUGCAGAUACACAGAGUGAGUCAACAAGUACCCAAGAAGGCAAUGUGGAAAGUGCAGACACAGAUACAACCUCAACCAUUACAACAACGACAACAACACUUCCUCCUGAACUCACAAACAACAAGAAGGGUGAUGCAGACAGCAGCAGCAGUAUCAGCAGUUCUGUGUGGGUACGUGUACCACUACUGAUUGUGGUUACACUGUCCUGUAUUCUUGUGUGCUGA